AUGGCGCUUCCCGACGACAAGGAGCUCGAGUCCAUACUCGGUGAUGGUGUCGACCUCACCACCUUCAAGCAGAUUCUCGAGAUGGACGAGCCCGGCGAUAACGAGUUCAGCACAUCCAUCGUGUUUGGCUUCUUCGAGCAAGCUGAGGAGACAUUCGAGCGGAUGGACGUAGCCCUGGACGAGAAGGAUCUCGAAAAACUAUCAGAGCUCGGACAUUUCCUGAAAGGCUCCUCUGCGACGCUAGGGCUAAUAAAGGUUCGAGACGGUUGCGAAAAGAUUCAGAGAUAUGGCAAACAGGAGAAUCUCGACGGCUCUCCAGAGCCGGACGCCGACGUGUGCCUAGCUCGCGUCAAGGAGGCGCUCAUGGCCGUCAAGUCUGAUUACGAAGAAGUCGAGAUUGGACUCAAGAAAUUCUACGACAAGGAUGAUGAAGAUGAAGACGGUGCCUAA